UAACUCAGCUUGACUUAUGAUCGCUCUCUUGCAGGUGAGAUAUUCCAUUACGUUUAAAUGAUAAGUUAUUUGAUUAUCAUGCAUCUGCUGACCAAGGAGUGCCCGCGUGCCCAGGUGCCAAGCGACCCAAGCGGACCCAAGCCGUUUUCUGUGGCGAGUUCCCCACAAACUUUUAAAAUCAUGGUUCGAAAUGUGGUUGAUAAAACGCCCAAGGAUAAAAGAAAGUCUUCAGGUCCACGGAAACGUAGUACGCCUUCGUCUGAGGUAAUAUACAGCAGCCCGAAAAGGCCAGGAUCGGCAGCCGGCGGAGAGAGUGUUGAACGAAAAAAAAGAAGAUUUCGACCAGGAACUAGGGCACUAAUGGAGAUAAGACAUUACCAAAAGACAACUCAUUUAUUACUUAGAAAGGCUCCUUUCAUGAGGGUGGUGCGGGAAAUUGCUGAUAAAUUUUACCAUCGGGAAGAAUUAAGGUGGCAAGUCCCAGCAUUGUCAGCACUCCAGGAGGCAGCUGAAGCAUUCCUUGUUAGACUUUUUGAGGAUGCUAAUUUAUGUGCAAUCCACGCCAAACGAGUGACUGUUAUGCCCAGAGAUAUGCAGCUAGCCAGGCGGAUCCGAGGAAGACAUGAUGGUCUUGGCUGAUAAGAAAACAAACUUUUCACUGCUUUGUAGCUUAGUUUUGGAAGAGAACAAUUAGUUUAUCUCAAGACGUAUUUUUAUGACCCUUUAUCAACUUUUAGAGGCCUUAAUUUUGUAUGCAAUUAUCGCUAAAGGUGAAAGUAUUUUUAAGACACAAACAUUUUAAAAGUUGCAUCAUGGUCAUGUAUUUAAAGCAUUUGAACAAACAAUUUUUAACUUACGUACAUCUGUGAAUGGAAUGGAAAUUUGUUCCAUGCACUGAGUGCCAGGAUUUUUUUUUCAAUUUAUGUUAAUGUAUUGAUUAUUCAAGGCUUCACUUAUAUUUGCUUCCUUGCAUCUUGUAUUAAUAUUUAUUGUGAAAUACAGUCUAUAUUUUAAUUUCUUUGAUUAAGUCUACCUCUUUGGAUUGCAUUUCACUUUGCUGUUGUUGUUUCCAUUUUCGUAGUUUUCGGGCCUUAAGUUAUGAUGCAUUUAUCCAAUUGGUUUUUAUUGUGAACAUAACUCGUAUUUGGAUUUCAUUUGUACAAAUAAAGCUGAAACUGUACAGAUUA